AUGGAAUUUUUGCUCAAGUCGUUCCACAACUGGACUCCGGUGGAAGUUGUCAUCAUCCUAACAAAAAUUGUGGGUCGCCACCCGCCGCAGACCCUAUUAGACCAUUUACCGGCCGAACUCCAAAACACCAGAGCCGACAUGCUGGCUGCCUGGCGUGCGGGAGCCUUUAGCAGUGAAAUCGCCCUUCGCGGCGGUUAUGGAGCAGGGAUAAUUCUGAUGGGUAAGAAACCCCUGGCGAAUACAACUAUGGCGGUGCUUUACAGGUACAAAUCGCAAAACCAGGAUGACGAGAUCAUCCGAGUCUUUGUCGAUCUCCUCACCGGCGACAUACACUUUUAUAACAGCGCGCUUCUGUUUGAGCGCGCCAUUCCGCUGUCCAACCCGCCGGACAACAUCCACGGGAUAAAUCGAUGGUACGAGUUGGAGGACUUCACCUUCACCGUCCUCGAUUCUUCGACCAUGCUGCAUAAAAAAUAUACGUAA